AUGAGCCACAUCCCGGCCGUCCCCACGCACCCCAGGCUCAGCGAGCAUCCCCCCGCCCGGACCCUCCCCCCCUCGCCCCUCGACGCCCGGUACCCCCCGCCCCUUCGAGCCCCCCACCCCGCGCCCCACCCCGCCGCCGCCUCCUACCACCUCCGCAGCAUCUCCUACGGCCAGCCCACAACAGCAGACCCCUCCCACUCCCACUCCCACUCCCCCUACGCCCACUUCUACACCUCCGUGUCCGUGGGCGACCGAGUGCUGCGCUCCCCCCAUCCGCCAUUGACCGCGACUUACCCGUCGCAACAGUAUCUCUGGCCCCAUCCCCUGCCGCCCAUAGAGAGCCUCAGGCAAGGGUCACGUCCGCAUCCCCAAUCCAACUCGCAUUCGCCCAUCUUUGAUCAGCCCCGGGCAUAUUACAACCACCCCUCUGUAUCCGCUCCUUCGCUGCAAUACCGCCGCGAGUCCCACCCUUCGUACCCGACAUCCCCUUUCCUGCCUCCGCCUACCCCAACGGCCUAUUACCAAGGUUCAUCACCACUACGUGUACCUCCUCCACUCCGCUUCAACUACUCCCAGUCUCCCCCACCAAACACCCACGACAACAUGCCGCCCCGGGCCAAGGCAGACUCUGUUAGGGGCCAUCCAUCCACCCCUAGCAUCGCAUCCGCGACUUCACUCGGCGCUAGCAGCGUCGCGAGCACAAGAGCUCGCCGCGGCGCGAACGGCAAGGGAUGGACAACGGAGCAUACUCUUGAUCCAGCCAAUGGUCAGCGGAAGGAGGUCAUUGUGAUAGACGACUCGGCAAGCCCUAUGGUCCAGCCUAUCAGAAAGAGAACGCGUGCUCAGGUCGCAGCGGAGCAAGCGGCCGCUCAGCAGCAGCAGCAGGUGCAGAUGAAUGGGGGUUAUGGGCACACGGGCUAUACGGCGACGAGCGUGAGCAUGUCGAAUGGGCAUGGGAGUGUAGCGAGUAAUGUGGGAACGACGGGCGUGUCGUCGGCGAAAAAGAGAAAGCUUGACGACGACGCGGCGGGCAAGAAGGCAAAGCCAAAGGUCGCCAGUACUGCGACGUCGGCCUCAGUCCAAACCACAGCUACUUACCAGUCGGCCCAACAAGCUCCAGCCAAGUCCUAUGCCAAAGCCCCAGUCCAACAAGCCCCAGCUUCUGGUCAGCCAACGUGGGAUGAUCGCGAAGGUCAUUAUAUCAUCAAGCCUGACGAUGUUAUUGGCGGGAAAUAUAAAAUUGUGAGAUUAUUAGGCCAGGGGACGUUUGGAAAGGUUGUGGAGGCGAGACACAUCCAGACACGGCGAAAGGUCGCCAUCAAAGUCAUCCGCGCUGUGCAAAAGUAUCGGGAAGCGAGCAAGAUCGAGAUAAGAGUACUGGAAAUGCUCAAGAAGCAUGACCCGAGAAACGACAACAAAUGUAUUCAUCUUGACGAAUACUUUGACUUUCGCAACCACCCAUGCCUCGUUUCAGAGCUUUAUGGGAUGAGCGUGUUCGACUUUUUGAAGAAUAACGGCUUCCAACCAUUCCCAGACAAGCAUAUUCAGGAUUUCGCUCGGAGCCUGCUCAGAAGCGUCUCUUAUCUUCAUUCUCUCAAACUCGUCCACACCGAUCUCAAGCCCGAGAACAUUCUCCUGUGUUCGAAUGAAUCCCGACUUCAAGGCGCUCGCGCUCGCGGCGCCAACUCCAAGUCAAUCCUGCGCAACACCGAGAUCCGCCUUAUCGAUUUUGGCUCUGCCACUUUCGAGUCUGAAUACCAUUCGUCGGUCGUAUCAACACGGCACUACCGUGCUCCCGAAAUCAUACUUGGACUGCCCUGGUCGUAUCCUUGUGAUAUGUUCAGCAUAGGGUGUAUCCUGGUAGAGUUCUAUACUGGUAAUGCGUUGUUCCAAACACAUGACAAUUUGGAACAUCUGGCCAUGAUGGAGAUCGUCAUGGGCAAAUUCAGUCCAAGAAUGAUCGAGAAGGGAAAGUCAAAGAAACCGGAAUAUUUCAAAGGCAACAAGAUUGAUUUCCCAAACUCUACUGUCUCCAAGGCCAGUAGAAAGUACGUCAAGGCCAUGCACAGUCUCAAGCAAGUGAUCGACCCCACCAACAGACAUCAACAACUUUUCCUCGACUUGUGCACCAGGCUAUUGGAACAUGACCCGGAUAUCAGAAUCAAGGUUCAAGACGCCCUGCGUCACCCAUACUUGACUGAGCCAAUUCCCGAACCGCAUUGA